CGCCAUAGCCGCGGUAGCCCUGGCGACAAGAGCCCAGCAACGAGAAUCAACAACAACAACAACUCAAUCUGCCAUAAAAAUAAAAGAAGAUAUUUUAUCGGUGGGAAAUAUACACGUGGAACCAGAGGUGAAGCUCUUUACAUGGUGAUUCCCAGCUAUUGUAAUGGCCACUUCAGGCUACGUAGGUGAGAUCCAGCCAGCAGCCCAACCCCAGGGGGCUGCUGUUACUGUCACACCAGGGCAAACCGAUGCCAACUCCACCCCUCCAACUGCCCCUCAGUUUCUGGCUGAGAUUCAGACUACUGUGGUCACUCCCACUGUUGUCACUGCCACAGGCCAAACUACUCCCACUGAUCAAGCCACCUCCAUCACUGUUCAGAAGCCUGCAGCUGGUAGUCAAGCUCAGUCCACAGCACAAACCCAGCCUGCUCAGACACAGUAUGUGACUGCAGAGAUCCAGGGCUCCCCCACACAGUCUGGAAAUGCUCAAAGCACUCCUCAGUAUAUCGUUGUCACAGUCACAGAGGGCUCCCUUCACUCAAGUGACAGUGUGUCGGACUCUAGCCCCCCUCCAGCUGUGGUGCCGACAGGAGUUCCCACGCAAGUUGUUCAGCAGGUACAGACAGCUCAACAGCAGAGGUCUGUGGUUCAGGCCACCUCUCAGAUAGCCAAGACUGAGCCAGGCACCCAGCUCAGUGUCACCAGUCUACAGCCUGUUCAUAUCAGCCCAGAGGUACAGCAGCAGCUCACCUCAGUGCCAGUGCAACAUGUGUACACCAAUCAAGUGCAGUAUGUGGAAGGAGCGGACACCAACUACACCACCAGCACCAUUCGUUCCAGCACCUUCCCUUACACUGACACACCCCUGUACACCCAGACCACAGCUACCCAGUAUUAUGAAGGUCAGCCAACCUCAGGCUCACAGGCCUCAACCCCUGGCACACCUCUAACUGUCUCAGUGACUGCUGGCACAACAGGGGGUGUGUCCAUGUUUGUGGCCCAGCCCACCAGUGCAGCAGGGGGAGGGGCCACAGUGGUGACCACAGGUGGCACUGCCAAUGGGGCAGGGGAAGGGGCAGGCACCAAUGGUGGCGCAGCAGGCAGCUAUGUGAUCCAGGGGGGUUACAUGCUGGGCAGCAGCAGCGGAGGGGCAGCUGGCAACAGUCAGAACUACUCACACACCGCCCGCGCCUCUCCAGCCACUGUGAGUAUUACAGAGGGCGAGGAGAGUAGCGUGCCGUCGGCAGACAAGAAGGUACAGUGGUUGCUGGACAACUAUGAGACAGCUGAAGGAGUGAGUCUGCCACGUUCCACCCUCUACUGCCACUAUCUGCUGCACUGCCAGGAGCAGAAACUAGAGCCUGUUAAUGCUGCCUCUUUUGGGAAACUCAUUAGAUCUGUGUUCAUGGGGCUGCGCACACGACGACUUGGCACAAGGGGUAACUCUAAAUACCACUAUUACGGGCUGAGGAUAAAGGCAGGCUCUUCUCUUCUCCGUCUGAUGGAAGACCAGCAACAUCUGGCAAUGAGGCAGCAGCCCUUCUCACAGAAACAGAGGUUGAAGCCUGUGCAUAAAGUAGAGGGGAUGACCAAUGGCACAGCAGCAGGAGCAGGCCAGCAGCAGCAACAGCAGCAGGGGUCAGGGCAGGUGGAUAUCAGCACCCAGGUUCAGCAGUACCAGCAGUUCCUAGAUGCAUCCAGAGCUCUCCCAGAGUUCCCAGACAUCGACCUCCAGGGAAAGUCUCUACCAGAGGGCAUUGAGCUGGAGCACAUUAAGAGCUUUCAGCUGCUGUACAGAGAACACUGUGAGGCUAUACUAGAUGUGAUGGUCAACCUGCAGUUUACCUUGGUAGAGACUCUGUGGAAGACCUUCUGGAGGUUCAGCCAGAGUCAGGCUGGAGAUGCCACAUUGGCCGUUCACGACGAGUCAGAGAAGCGUCUCCCUAAGUCCUGCCUGGUGUUGCUGUGCAAGUAUGACCCAGUGCUGCGCUGGAGCCGUGACUGUGAUAACAGCCUGUAUCAGGGCCUGGUGGAGAUCCUCAUCCCUGAUGUCCUCAGGCCCAUCCCCAGUGCCUUAACACAAGCCAUCCGCAACUUUGCCAAGAGCCUGGAGAGCUGGCUGACCAAUGCCAUGAUGAACAUCCCUGAGGAAAUGGUCCGCAUCAAGGUGACGUCAGCCAAUGCAUUUGCCCAGACACUGCGUCGCUACACCAGUCUGAACCACCUCGCCCAGGCAGCCCGCGCGGUCCUCCAGAACACAGCCCAGAUCAACCAGAUGCUCUCUGAUCUCAACCGUGUCGACUUUGCUAACGUCCAGGAGCAGGCCUCAUGGGUGUGCCGGUGUGAAGACCGUGUUGUCCAGCGGCUGGAGCAGGACUUCAAGUUGACCCUCCAGCAGCAGAACUCCCUGGAGCAGUGGGCUGCGUGGCUGGAUGGUGUGGUGUCCCAGGUCCUGAAGCCCUACCAGCACAGUCCUGCCUUUCCUAAGGCUGCCAAGCUCUUCCUGCUCAAAUGGUCCUUUUACAGUUCCAUGGUGAUCAGGGACCUGACCCUGAGGAGUGCAGCCAGUUUUGGUUCCUUUCACCUGAUCCGCCUGCUGUAUGAUGAGUACAUGUACUACCUGAUAGAGCACAGAGUGGCCCAGGCCAAAGGAGAGACCCCCAUUGCUGUCAUGGGAGAGUUUGCCAGUUUAGGCCGAGGUCUAAGCCAGCUGGAUCCUGACAAAGAGGAGGAAGAGGAAGAGGAGGAGGAGAGCGAUGAGGAAGGACAGGAGCUAUCCCUUCCUUCAGACGGGGCCGUGCUGGGAGAUGAGUCUCUGGAGCCGCCUGCUAAGCUGGCCAGAACGGACCAGAGAGUCCUCUUCACAACGGGAUCAGCUGACAACUAAUCACAGAGUGGCACUACAAGACGUGGGUUGAUAUAUUGAUUAUACAAACACACACACAGAUGUACAAAGAACACUAAUUUAUACACUUGACACAUGUAUAUAGAUCUUGUAAAUGUGUGUGCACACUCUCGCUGCAUACUGUUAACUGUCCCACUUGUUUACGCACUCACAGUCAGAACACACACUCGAUCAGUACUGCUGCUGCCUGGAUGGCACAACCACCUGUUGACACCACUGAUUCAAUACACAAUCACUGGCUUUGCAACAGGAUGUGGCUUCAAAAACCAGACUCUCAAUGCAAAGAGAAACAACCCUCAGUUGUGUUGAUAUGUAAAAAUGAACUAAAGCCGGGCAUGUUUUUUGUUUUGUUUGGUUUUGUUUUUGUCUCUCAUUGCAUUGCAGCCUAUAGCCUCUGCUCACCCUAGGUCCUCCUAAAACUGUCACUGCCAUAUCAAAGUGGUCUUGAAAAUACUUUGUUGUGUGUGUGUGUGUGUGUGUGUGUGUGGACCUUUAACAAUAAAUGGUUGCUGAAUUUAGUUGUUACUGAUUUAGUUAAUGCUGUUGGGAAGCUUUGUUGCUCAGAUGAGAGUGACGUUUGUGAAAGCAAGCAGGCGGUUGGGAUUUUGGGGUGGAUUUGUCAUGUUUGUGUGUGUGUUUUCUGUAUGAGCGCUGGGGUCACACUGUUCCGUUGUUGUAUUUCUGGAGGCUAAUUGAGCAUGCUUUUCCACAAUGGUGUGUAUAUACAUGUGUGACUGGUUGUGUGAUUGCAAGUAAUGCCAAGUGUGAACUGUUUCUCAUGUAGAUAUUUUCUAAGGUGUUCAGACGUGUGUAGAUUUCCUGUUUGAUUUUAUUCACCGGUCAAGAAAAAAAGUUCUAGUGUUCUUGGAGUGCCUGUCGCAGCUGCUACACACAUUUGUAAAGAUAAAGCUACUGCUGUGGAAUUGGGGCUCCCAUUAGUUGCUGCAAAAAAAUCCUCUUAUACUGAACAUCUGGUUCCACGAGAGAGGUACUGUAUCUGUAUGUGUCAUAUUUUUAUGUUCAAAGUGCUCCAUUCCUGUUCAUUCAACACAUUCCUCUGGCCUCAUUUUCCUUUGACAUAUCAUUUUCUUGCCUUAUUUCAAUAUAUUUUUCCGUGUGUGUGUGCCAAGCCUGUUUGCUUUUAUCCCAGAUCACAGGAGGACUGUGCCUGAGUAAGAACGGUGAUAUACUUAUAUUCUACUGUAUAUUUAUCCACUAUUUUGAAUUUUGUUGUCACUAAGUGAACCUCUUGUGCAGUGUAUGGUGCUGUGUUGUCACACAUUGUAAGCAACCUUUGUGUGCAUUAUUGAUUUGUGAUUGUAGGUUCAGUUAUCAAAUCUAUAUCAUAUCUUAUGACUUUUCCACAAACAGGCUAAGGCCCUGCCUCUUUGCACAUGUUGACUAUUGUCGUUAAAACUCCAACAAAGUUAUUUGAAAUGUUUUUUAUUUUAUUCUUUUAAGUCUUAGGUAUGUUUUUAAUGGUGGGGGUGCAGGUCUCAGAUUUCGUGUGAAGCCUCAUACCACUGAACAUGUUUGCGAGAAUUUGGUGAGAGGUGAGAGAUCUGAUGACUCUUUCUGCACAGUCCUCCACCAACACUCAUCUCCCUCCACUGUGUUUUCAUCUCACUGCAUUGCCGCCUUCCUGCCAAUGGCUUUGUUUUGCUUCAAACAUCCAUAUUCUUAAACACUGUAAGUAAUAAUUGGUUGUUGUAAACAUGUCAUUUUUGGAUUUUUACAUACAUUAUCUUUAAAUAGCUGCAAUGCAUGUUUUCAACAGGCAUUGGCAGCCUCAAACCAGCACAUCAUCCUUUAUAUGGAGUCCAAUGCUACCACAGCUGAGUACAUAUCACUCCAGUCUUUUAAUGAUCUGCAGCAUAUAGAAUGGCCAUUGUUUACCCAGUAAGAAAAAUGUUUAGUCAUUUUUAUAGUGCAUUGUUUCUUAUGUAAAAAACAGACUGAGAAAAAAGAUGUUCAGUGGCAGUGUUUUAUGAAUUUGGUCUGCUGUAAGUAUGACUGUGCCUUUGGAGGUGGUAGAAUGCAAUUCAAAUGUUUUUAAUUUUAAAGAUAUAAAUUAAAGAAUUUCUAAA